AGCCGCCACGUGAGCUCGCCAGGAGCCGCCGCAACACACACGGUGGGCAGCAUGUCGGCGACUGGGGCGUCUCGAAAGAGGGGAAAGCCGGCCUCGGGGGCCGGGGCUGGUGCGGGGGCCGGCAAGUUGAGGCGAAAGGGUGACUCUUCUGGGGACAAGGGCAAGUCCAAGGGUGGCGGCAAGAUGAAUGAGGAGAUCUCCAGCGACUCGGAGACUGAGAGCCUAGUUCCCAGGAGGAAUGAGGAGGAGGAGGCGGAGGAGCUGGAGGAGACCGCACAGGAGAAGAAGCUGCGCUUGGCCAAGCUCUACCUUGAGCAGCUCAAGCAGCAAGAGGAGGAGAAGGCCGAGGCCCGCGAAUUUGAGGAGGACCAGGUGGCGGGGAGGCUGAAGGAGGACGUGCUCGAGCAGAGAGGGAGGCUGCAGAAGUCGGUGGCAAAGGAGAUCCAGGCCCCAGACCCUGCUGACAUUCGAAUCUUACGGGGCCACCAGCUGUCCAUCACAUGUUUGGUUAUCACCCCUGACGACCUGGCCAUCUUUUCUGCCGCCAAAGACUGCACCAUUAUUAAGUGGAGUGUGGAAAGUGGACGGAAGCUUCAUGUGAUCCCUCGAGCCAAGAAGGGUGCCGAGGGGCAGCCCUCCGGCCAUAGUAGCCACGUCCUCUGCAUGGCCAUCUCCUCCGAUGGCAAGUACCUGGCCUCAGGUGACCGCAGCAAGCUCAUUCUCAUUUGGGAGGCCCAGAGCUGCCAGCACCUGUACACCUUCACGGGACACCGGGACGCUGUGUCGGGGCUGGCAUUCCGCAGAGGCACCCACCAGCUCUACAGCACGUCCCACGACCGCUCUGUGAAGGUGUGGAAUGUGGCGGAGAACUCCUACGUGGAGACGCUCUUCGGGCACCAGGAUGCUGUGGCUGCACUGGAUGCUCUGAGCAGGGAGUGCUGCGUGACCGCUGGGGGCCGGGACGGGACCGUGCGUGUGUGGAAGAUCCCCGAGGAGUCCCAGCUUGUCUUCUACGGCCACCAGGGCUCCAUUGACAGCAUCCAGCUCAUCAACGAGGAGCACAUGGUGUCGGGUGCAGACGAUGGUUCUGUAGCCUUGUGGGGCCUCUCUAAGAAGCGGCCACUUGCCCUGCAGCGUGAGGCCCAUGGGCUGCGGGGGGAGCUGGGCUUGGAGCAGCCCUUCUGGGUGUCAUCGGUGGCAGCCCUGCUCAACACAGACCUCGUGGCCACAGGCUCUCACAGCAACUCUGUGCGGCUCUGGCAAUGUGGGGAGGGUUUCCGGCAGCUUGACCUUCUCUGCGACAUCCCCCUGGUGGGCUUUAUCAAUAGCCUCAAGUUCUCCAGUGCUGGGGACUUUCUGGUGGCUGGGGUAGGGCAGGAGCACAGGCUUGGCCGGUGGUGGCGGAUCAAAGAGGCCCGGAACUCCAUCUGCAUCAUCCCUCUCCACAGGGCCCCCAGGCCCCCUACUGCUGGCUCCUGACUCUCUCAUCCCCUUUAUUUAAGUUCUUCCCAGGCCAUCCCCUGACUUCUUUGUAUUAAAAGCCUCCUCUUCUGGG